GACUUUGGAGAGGCCACAGAAAUGGAACGGACUGCCUGGCUAGUUCUCCUGAUUGCCAUCAGUUGGGUUGUACCGGCAGCUCAUACAGCAGAUGGGACAGGGGCGGUUAAACCUUUUUCCUUUGCCAGUUACUAUGGUGACCACAUGGUUCUUCAAAAGGCUCCCCAAAGGACAACUAUAUGGGGCUAUGCUGCAAAGGAAGGGGAGACAAUCACAUUGACCAUUAGUGGUAAUGGUCAGGUGACUACAACGUCCUUUAUAGGCCCUAUCCUAUCAACUCCUGUGUGGUCAGUUCAACUUCCUGCCAUUGAUGCCGGGGGCCCUUACAACAUCACAGCGACAUCUAGCGAGGGCAGCAUCAAUCUAACAGAUGUGUUGUUUGGGGAUGUCUGGAUAUGCUCGGGUCAGAGCAACAUGCAGUUUACACUUUCCAUGGCCUUCAAUGCUACGAAAGAGGUGGCAGAAGCCGCCAACUAUCCCAACAUCCGGGUGUUUACCGUUGCUCUGGGAGGGUCUCCGGUAGAGGAAUAUGAUCUGCUGAACAUCAGCCAACCUUGGUCUGUUCCGAGUGCAGCUACUAUUGGCGGUCCGGACUGGUCUUACUUUUCGGGAGUAUGUUGGUUAUAUGGCAAGUACCUGUCGUCGCAUCUCAAAUACCCCAUCGGCCUCAUAGCAUCAUCAUACGGAGGAACCCGAGUGGAAGCGUGGUCAGCUCCCAAUGUCCUCAAGAAAUGUGGUGUAAGCGAGGCUAAGGAAGUGUCGAGUGUGAACCCUAAUGCUGCUUCUGUUCUGUGGAAUGCCAUGAUGCGACCCUUCGUCAACAUGACCAUAUAUGGAGCCCUCUGGUAUCAAGGUGAAGCCAAUGCUCGGUCUCCAACAAUGAACCAGUACAACUGUACGUUCCCCGCCAUGAUAGAUGACUGGAGAGACAGGUUUCAUCAAGCAUCAGGAGGACAAACAGACCCAGUCUUUCCUUUUGGAUUUGUACAGCUUGCUCCAUGGAGGGACAAUGACACCAUUACUACAGGCUUCACAGAUAUUCGGUGGCACCAGACAGCUGACUACGGCUACGUCCCCAACGACAGGAUGAAGAACACCUUCAUGGCGGUGGCCAUGGAUCUGCCUGACUUUACCUCUCCAUACACAGGUGUCCAUCCCCGUGACAAAGAGGAUGUGUCUAUGCGUCUGUGUACAGCUGGACUUGCUGUGGCCUACAACCAAAGUCAGUUUUCUGUACUCGACGGACCAAUCCCUGGUCUGUUCAUAAUCUACACCGAACAAAGAACCAUGGCGAUAGAGUUUUACAAACCCCUUGAUAUCAGAUCAACAACAGGCUUUGAGGUGACAUGCAGAAACAGUUCCUCUCCGUCCACGGAUGCGUCAGAGUGGUUCCCCUUGCCUAUUACGUCACAUGACAACACAUCAGUGACCCUCAACUACAGCCAAAUAUGUCUGGAAUCUGAAAACAAGGUUGUGUCUGCUAUACGCUAUGCUGGAGAGAGUCACCAUGUCCCUUUAAACAGUGUGCAGUCUACAACAGCCAGAGUGGCUAUCCUGCGCCACCGUUUAUCGAAACUUUUGUUGAUGAUAUGGCAAAUGUUAAAAUUGUGAAAUAAAAUGUAUUAUAAGAAAAAA